AUGCGGAAACAUUGGGCUGCUAAACUUGAUGAUGCAUUAUGGGCUUACAGGACAGCAUUCAAGACCCCUAUAUGCACCACCCCUUAUCGUCUUGUUUAUGGGAAAUCGUGUCAUCUUCCUGUUGAGUUAGAGCAUCGUGCAUUCUGGGCUAUUAAAAGCCUUAAUUCGACUCUCAAACGAUGGCUAUUUCCUGGUAAACUUCGUUCCCGGUGGUCAGGUCCAUUCAAAGUUUGUAAGGAUUUUCCUUAUGGUUCAAUGGAGCUUUGGAAUCGCCAAGAUGGCACUUUCAAGGUAAAUGGCCACAUAUUGAAGCACUAUCGAGCUGGUGCUCCUAUUGCUGAGAGAGUUGACAUCAUACUCUCCAUUCCUUCAUUUGAGUGA